AUGUCGACCCUCAGCGGUAAACGAGAGGCCUCUGUCAACAGACAAGCCGCCUCUGUCCACGGCCACGAUACCUCUGUCAAUGGACAUGGCACCUCUGCCACCAACAAUGUAGAGGAGGUCUCAGUCGUCAUCGUAGGAGCUGGUCAGCGCGGCCUCUCCACCCUGGAGCGCCUGUGCAGCUUCUAUCCCACCUACACAAACGCCCCUCGUCUACGAGUCCACGUCGUCGACCCUGGGCAUCCGGGCCAAGACUCGGGUCCGGCGAGAACCGGCCCGAGUUACGGAGAGUGGCUCUCGCAGUCAGGGUACCGCUGGAAAGACGGCGGUAUCGUACGCAAUGAUAACGGCGACCCGAUCCAUCCCGAUACGUACACGUCGAGAGCACUGCUGGGAUGUUAUCUUCGGUGGUCCUUUGAACACAUCCGUGCGGAGGCGCCAGAGGGUGUCAUCAUCAAGAACCAUGGUAGUGAAGCUAUCGACAUACAGCGUCGAGGCGAGGGCAAUGGCUUCGUCAUCAGCCUCGAGGGAGAGCGUCCCAUAGAGGCCGAUUACGUCUUCGUCACGACUGGCCACGCCAGCGGCAGCACAUCGAAAGCAAACGAGCGCACUCUGGCCAAUUUCCAAGCCCUGCGAAGCCGCAACCCACAUCUCGGGUUCAUCCCUUCGGCAGCCGCCUUCGGAGACCUCGAAGCCAUCGAAUCCACAGCUAAGGUCCUCAUCUACGGAACCGGUCUCUCCGCGGCUGAUGCCCUGUCAGUGCUGACCGCAGGAAGAGGCGGUCGCUUCGAGGCAAAUGGAGACCGCCGACUUCGGUAUGUCAUUAGUGGGCGAGAGCCCAACAUCACGCUUUACUCCAGACAAGGUCUCCCAUCAGGCGCCAAAGGCGUCAAUCAGAGAGCUCUAGGGGAGGAUUACGAACCCAAGUACUUCACAUCCGGCUUCAUCGCCGCCAAGCGCCGCGAGCGCGAUGGUGGCCAGCUCAAUUGGAAGGAGGACAUCCACCCAUGCCUCAUCCGUGAAGUUUAG